ACCUCUACAAAAACCCAAUAAAAAAGAAUAUAUAUAUAUAUAUGUAUACAUAAAUCUUCCUGCUCAAAACCCAUUCUUUUGUUUUCCCAUCUCCAUGGUGGGAAGGCUUCUUCCAUUCGGGUUUUGAACACUCUCAACUAUAUUACCACAAAAUAGGAAGGAAAAAAAAAUAUAAAAUAAAAUGGUCGGGAAGGUGGUCGUGUCGGGUAUAUCCCUUAUUCUUGUAGUUGGUGUAGCUUUGGCUGUCGUGGCUAUGGUUACCAAGAACAAUAAUUCUGAUGUGGAUUUAUCGUCCCCAAAGAUGAAGGCUGUCUCAACCAUUUGUUCUACUACUGAUUACCAACAAGAAUGUCAAAAUACACUUACCAAUGUUGCUCAAAAUGCUUCUGUAGACGACCCCAAAGAAUAUGCUAAAGCCGCAGUUUUGGCCACUAUUCAGGAGAUUACAAAGGGUUACAACUUAACUGCUGACCUUAUGGUUGAGGCUGCUAAUAAUGCUUCCAUUAAAAUGAGUGUUGAUGAUUGCAAGGACUUAUUGCAAUCCGCUAUUGAUGAGUUGCAUGCCUCUUAUUCUACUGUUGGAGAUCCUGAUUUGCAUACCAAUGAAGAUCGUGUUGCUGAUAUCAAGAAUUGGCUAACUGCGGUCAUUUCUUAUCAGCAAUCUUGUCUUGAUGGACUUGAAGAAUUUGAUCCACAGCUUAAACAGAAGAUGCAAGAUGGUCUUGAUGUUGCUGGCAAGCUUACUAGUAAUGCUCUUGCUAUUGUUGGUGCAGUUUCUGAUAUUCUCAAAAACUUUGGCUUGCAAUUGAAGGUCCAACCAAGUGGUCGUAGGCUGCUUGAAACAACAGAAAUAGGGAGCGACGGUUUCCCAACAUGGAUGUCGGGAGCAGAUAGGAAGUUGCUUGCAUCAAGAGGAGGAGGCGCUCGAGUUAAGCCAAAUGCAGUGGUGGCCAAGGACGGUAGCGGACAGUACAAGAGCAUUGGUGCUGCAUUGGCUGCAUACCCAAAGGCCCUAAGAGGAAGAUAUGUAAUUUACGUGAAAGCAGGGAUCUAUGAUGAGUACAUUACUGUGACUAAAGACAUGAAGAACGUUUUCAUGUAUGGAGAUGGCCCAAGAAAAACCAUUGUCACUGGUCGUAAGAACAACCGUGAUGGCAUCACCACCCAAAACACCGCAUCUUUCUCUGCCAUAGGAGAAGGAUUUCUUUGCAAAUCCAUGGGAUUCCGUAACACAGCCGGCCCCGAAGGCCAUCAAGCCGUAGCCCUCAGAGUCCAAUCCGACAGAUCCGCCUUCUAUAACUGCAGAAUGGAUGGCUACCAAGACACUCUCUACGUGCAAACCCACCGUCAAUUCUACCGCAACUGCGUCAUAUCCGGUACCGUAGACUUCAUCUUUGGCGACUCAUCCACGAUAAUCCAAAACUCCUUAAUCAUUGUCCGUCGCCCAAUGGACAACCAAAAGAACACCGUCACAGCCAAUGGUCGUGCCGAUAAAAAAGAAAUCUCAGGCUUAGUGAUCCACAACUGCAGAAUUGUCCCAGAACAGAAGCUGUUCGCUGAGAGGUUCAAGAUUCCAACAUUCUUGGGACGCCCAUGGAAACAAUACGCGAGGACCGUGAUCAUGGAGACGACAUUGGGCGACUUCAUUCAGCCGGAUGGAUACAUGCCAUGGUCUGGAAAUUUUGCAUUGGAAACUUGUUCGUAUUUUGAGUAUGGAAACAGAGGACCUGGGGCUAACACCAAUAGAAGAGUAAGAUGGAAGGGUGUUAGAGUGAUUGGAAGAAAUGAAGCUUUGCAAUACACUGCUGGACCGUUUCUUAUGGGAAGAGCUUGGCUUCCAGCCACUGGUGGGCCUUACCUCUUGGGAUUGAAGCAUUGAAAAUAUGUAAUUUUAUUUUAUUUUAUUCAUUUUGGGGCAAUGGUUU